AUGAGUUCCGUCGGUCCAACCAGUGCUCCCAGUAAGGUUAUGAAGGAAGGGAGAAAGCUCGCGUGCCGGCUCUGCCAAAAGAGGAAGAAGAAAUGCAAUCGAAAGAGCCCAUGUUCUAUGUGCAUCAAGCUCAAGGUUGUCUGCCAGCCAAGCACACCAGCACCUACUCGCAAACGGAGGCAGUCAACAAAGGACCUGUUUGCGCGGUUAGCAUGGUGCGAAGAGCAGCUGCGGCGUACUAUUGACGCCCGCAAUCAGUGCGAUGAAUGCCUUCCAUCAACAGAGACAUCCGCAGACGAAGUAGCAGAAAAGCUUUCAGAAAUCAGAUCAGCUUCAAAAGCACCCUCUGCCGCAGCCACGGCCAAGCCAUACUCUAGAUCACGUCCGGUUCAGCAGAGCUGA